GCUGUAGUUUCUUCCGGGCUCGCCACAACCUUCUUCCCUCUCCUCCGCAAUACAGGCAUUUACCAGGUCCUGGGGCUGUCCUUUGAUUUCCGGAAAUGGCCGGUCGCCAGUGUUGUCAGAGUUUCCACGGAAGACUGGGCGCUACUUCGGCCAGGAGGGCGGAGCGGCGAGACGCUAGAGGCCGUGCGCUGGGUGACGACUUCGGGCACGUUCUACGGCCGUUCAUCUGGUCGGCUGGGGACGGCGGCCGCGCACGCGCGGCGGGGGGUAUUGGGCGUGGGGCUGGGCCCAGCCGGACGCGACCGCAACCUGCGGCGUCUGACUGCCGGUAGGCGGCUGUGUGUGUGCGCCGCCGAGUUGGUGGGGCGGGGACGCGAGGUGUGGAUGGGGGCUCGCCUUGACCUCUGGCUUAGCUAGUAGCGCAGCCUUGGCCUCGCAGUUACGGAGAUGGUGCCCUGGUUGCGGACGAUGGGGGAGAAGCUGAAGCAGCGGCUGCGGCUGGACGUGGGACGCGAGAUCUGCCGCCAGUACCCGCUGUUUUGCUUCCUGCUGCUCUGUCUCAGCGCCGCCUCCCUGCUUCUUAACAGGUAUAUUCAUGUUUUAAUGAUCUUCUGGUCAUUUGUUGCUGGAGUUGUCACAUUCUACUGCUCACUAGGACCUGAUUCUCUCUUACCAAAUAUUUUCUUCACAAUAAAAUACAAACCCAAGCAGUUAGGACUUCAGGAAUUAUUUCCUCAAGGUCAUAGCUGUGCUGUUUGUGGUAAAGUGAAAUGUAAACGACAUAGGCCUUCUUUGCUACUUGAAAACUACCAGCCAUGGCUAGACCUGAAAAUUUCUUCCAAAGUUGAUGCAUCUCUCUCAGAGGUUCUCGAAUUAGUGUUGGAAAACUUCGUUUAUCCAUGGUACAGGGAUGUGACAGAUGAUGAAUCCUUUGUUGAUGAACUGAGAAUAACAUUACGGUUUUUUGCAUCUGUCUUAAUAAGAAGGAUUCACAAGGUGGAUAUUCCAUCUAUUAUAACCAAGAAACUAUUAAAAGCAGCAAUGAAGCAUAUAGAAGUGAUAGUUAAAGCCAGACAGAAAGUGAAAAAUACAGAGUUUUUACAGCAAGCUGCUUUAGAAGAAUAUGGUCCAGAGCUUCAUGUUGCUUUGAGAAGUCGAAGAGAUGAAUUACACUAUUUAAGGAAACUUACUGAACUGCUUUUUCCUUAUAUUUUGCCUCCUAAAGCAACAGACUGCAGAUCUUUGACUUUACUUAUAAGAGAGAUUCUGUCUGGCUCUGUGUUCCUUCCUUCUUUGGAUUUCCUAGCUGAUCCAGAUACUGUGAAUCAUUUGCUUAUCAUCUUCAUAGAUGACAGUCCACCUGAAAAAGCAACUGAACCAGCUUCUCCUUUGGUUCCAUUCUUGCAGAAAUUUGCAGAACCUAGAAAUAAAAAGCCAUCUGUGCUGAAGUUAGAAUUGAAGCAAAUCAGAGAGCAACAAGAUCUUUUAUUUCGUUUUAUGAACUUUCUGAAACAAGAAGGAGCGGUGCACGUGUUGCAGUUUUGUUUGACUGUGGAGGAAUUUAAUGAUAGAAUUUUACGACCAGAAUUAUCAAAUGAUGAAAUGCUAUCUCUUCAUGAAGAGUUGCAGAAGAUUUAUAAAACAUACUGUUUGGAUGAAAGUAUUGACAAAAUUAGAUUUGAUCCCUUCAUUGUAGAAGAGAUUCAAAGAAUUGCUGAAGGCCCAUACAUAGAUGUUGUGAAACUUCAAACUAUGAGAUGUCUUUUUGAAGCAUAUGAACAUGUCCUUUCUCUUUUGGAGAAUGUAUUUACUCCUAUGUUCUGCCAUAGUGAUGAGUAUUUCAGACAACUUUUAAGAGGUGCAGAAUCACCAACACGCAAUUCAAAAUUCAACAGGAACACACAGAAAAGGGGAGAAUCAUUUGGAAUCAGCAGAAUAGGUAGCAAAAUUAAAGGAGUAUUCAAAAGUACCACAAUGGAGGGAGCUAUGUUGCCUAAUUAUGGUGUAGCUGAAGGUGAAGAUGAUUUUAUUGAAGAAGGUAUUGUUGUAAUGGAAGAUGAUUCUCCAGUGGAGGCUGUGAGCACACCUAAUACUCCCCGAAACCUUGCUGCAUGGAAAAUUAGCAUUCCAUAUGUAGACUUUUUUGAGGAUCCCUCCUCUGAAAGGAAGGAGAAAAAAGAAAGAAUUCCUGUGUUUUGUAUUGAUGUUGAAAGAAAUGAUAGAAGAGCAGUUGGACACGAGCCUGAACAUUGGUCUGUCUAUAGAAGAUACCUUGAAUUCUAUGUACUUGAAUCAAAACUAACAGAAUUUCAUGGUACAUUUCCUGAUGCCCAGCUUCCUUCUAAGAGGAUCAUUGGCCCCAAAAAUUAUGAAUUCUUGAAGUCAAAGCGGGAAGAGUUUCAAGAAUAUCUACAGAAACUUCUGCAGCAUCCAGAACUGAGUAAUAGUCAACUUCUGGCAGACUUUCUUUCCCCUAAUGGUGGGGAAACACAAUUUCUUGAUAAGAUACUACCGGAUGUAAAUCUUGGGAAAAUUAUAAAAUCUGUUCCUGGAAAACUAAUGAAAGAGAAAGGUCAGCAUUUGGAACCUUUUAUCAUGAAUUUUAUUAAUUCAUGUGAAUCUCCAAAGCCUAAACCAAGUAGACCAGAACUGACCAUUCUCAGCCCUACUUCAGAAAACAACAAGAAGCUUUUCAAUGAUCUGUUUAAAAAUAAUGCAAACCGUGCUGAAAAUACAGAGAGAAAGCAAAAUCAGAAUUAUUUUAUGGAGGUGAUGACUGUAGAAGGAGUCUAUGAUUACCUGAUGUAUGUAGGACGGGUAGUUUUCCAGGUUCCUGACUGGCUUCAUCAUCUCUUAAUGGGAACUCGAAUCCUCUUUAAAAACACCCUGGAAAUGUAUACUGACUACUAUCUUCAGUGUAAACUAGAACAGCUAUUUCAGGAGCACCGGUUGGUCUCACUCAUAACACUUCUCAGAGAUGCUAUAUUCUGUGAAAACACUGAACCUCGCUCUCUCCAAGAUAAGCAAAAAGGAGCAAAACAGACUUUUGAAGAAAUGAUGAAUUACAUUCCAGAUCUGUUAGUCAAGUGUAUUGGUGAAGAAACCAAGUAUGAAAGCAUCAGACUUCUGUUUGAUGGCUUACAGCAGCCAGUACUCAACAAGCAGCUGACUUAUGUUUUAUUGGACAUUGUGAUACAGGAACUGUUUCCAGAGCUCAAUAAGGUACAAAAGGAAGUUACCUCUGUGACAUCUUGGAUGUAAACACUUGGAUUUGGUAUAGAAUAACCCAUUGAAAUUUCUGCUGUGCUAGGGUGGUAUAAAUGUACUUUUUUGGGUAUAUUCUUAUAUAUAUUAUGUACAUUGCUCUCUGAAAUUUUAAUUAUUUUUUGUUUUUAAUAAAGACUAACACAAACUUAAUAAUUAAAAGUGAUUGAGUCUCAUAGCCUUUCAUUUGCUAGCUGUGAUCCAAAUUUUAUUAGAACAUACGUCACUUGUUAUUGCCAUUUUUAAAAGAGAAAAUUCAUAAUGAUAGGGCAAACAGAUAAGACUGAUAAACUUUGUACUGUAUAACUUUGAAAAUAAUUAUGCCUAGUAUGGAGAAGCAGGAGUAAGAUCUGAUUUUCUUAUUUAGAGUUAAUAUAUUUUAGUAGAUUGGUUUUCCUUUUUUUAUUUUGUACAUAGUUAACUGUGUAUCUAUAAAUAAAACAUCCUAUAUGAGUUUUUCAUAAUAAA